AGUAUUUGUGGUGCACAAAAGCUGCAGUUGCCGUAAAUUACUCUUUUACAGAUUUUUUACUAUCGGCUAUAGUUAUAUUAGAGUAGUUAUAGUAGUUUGUAAUAAAUUACGUUGUUAUUUAAUGUUUGUAUCCUUUGUAGGUGAAUGUUUUAUUAACCUAGCUCCGUUUCCGGCGUGGACAGGACAACCUUGAGCAGAUAAAGCCGUCUUUUAUUCACAACAGUGCUGUGAUAUUUUUCGCUGGAAAACUGAACAACCUCUGAUAUUCCAACAACAGGUCAGAAAUGGCCCUCCUGAAAACUUCACGUCUUCCUCCACUGAAGCUGCUGAGCUCCAUCUAUGCCCCACACCUGCUCCUUCGCUCCAUCACUCCUGGACCUCUGCUCAGAACAGGUUUGAACCAGAGUACAUACCACAGGCCCGGCCAACCCAAAGAGAAGAAGUUUCCAUGGGAGAAUAUAGAAUUUAACCUCUCAAAGGGUGUGAAGAGGUUAAAGCGUCAGUUCAGACUGUUGUUCAAAUUGCUUUCUGACCCCUGGAUUGGUCCAGAGGGCAAACCGCUCGUUGACCACAUGCUGGAGCAGAACAGGGUUUUGUGGGAGUUUAGAGGACCUGAGAGUCUGCAGGAGUGGAUCUUUUCUUCUGAUGAAGUGAUUGGAGGACAGAGCAGAGUUUACCUGAAGCUGGGAAAGAACAAUACGUGUUUUCUGUACGGGACUCUUUGUUCAGUUCCUCCAAAUGACGGAGAGACGGACUACAGUGGAUACUGCACCCUGCGCUCCAGACAACGUCUGGGUUGGCUUGACAGGAAAAAGCACUUCGAUUUGUCCAGUUUCAACACUCUGCAUUUGCGGAUUCGUGGUGACGGCCACCAGUGGAUGAUCAUCAUCAAUUCAGAAACGUACUUCAGUCAUCACAAGGACGACCUGUACGUCUACUUCCUGUACACCAGAGGAGGACCCUACUGGCAGGAUGUGAAGAUCCCUUUCUCCAAGUUCUUCCUGACUCAUAAGGGGAGAAUACAAGAUCGUCAGCAUCCACUCGCUCUGGACAAGAUUAAUACCAUUGGCUUCACUCUGGCAGACAAGGCAGACGGUCCAUUCCAGCUGGAGAUCGACUUCAUUGGUGUUAGCAAAGAUUACGCUCACACCGAGGACUUCGCCUACGAAACGUACCAGAGGAACCCAGAAGUUUAGGGACGGCCACAGCGCAGCAGACAAACCAAGAGACGUGGACAACAGAAACUUUCUUACAUGGAAAUGUUCAAACAGAGGUUCUAAAAUUCAGUUUCCUGAAGAGACGCGUCAACAAGUGAGAAUUUAUCCACAAGACGACUCGUCCUGUGACGUCCUUUAAGAAGAAAAGACUUUCCAUGUUAAGUAUUUUAGGAUUUUAUUGUAAAAAAAAAAAAAAAAAACCAAUAAAAAUAAACUGGGGAAACUACACAAACAUUAACAAAUCACAAGAUAACAUUUUUGAAGUCAAAGUUUCAACCUUAUAAAGAAUUUAAGUUAAAAAAAAAAAAACAAAU